AUGAACAUAGCAGAAUAUCUUUCAUCCAGUCAUCCGGAUGAUCUGCGAUAUCGCUUGAGCAUCGCAUAUGCGGUGCGUGUUUUAGAGCAACAAAGUCAGUUAAUGACAAAUAUUGACAUUACUAGGAAUCAGCUUUUCCCAACAUGGAAGAGUGAUGAAGAGUUUGUCCGACGCUUUCUAAUGUUUGGCAAUUCUGAUGGCAUUUAUUUUGCAAGGCAAAUUGACUUUACAUGCACUUUAGUCCCCGAUCUGUGCCGUAUUAUUCAAUCAGGUAGAGGACUGAUGAUUUUGCAACAAAUUUUGGAAAUUUCGGAAUCAAAUCCUGCUCCGAAAAAAGAACCGCUACUAAUGGCUCUUGCCCUUUGUGCACGUUAUAAAGUUCACGAUACUCAAAGCAAGAAGAAAUUACCGUGGGAUACAACAGAGGAAAGGGAAAAACUAUUACCGGAUGCCGUCUGUCGAGACAUUAGACCGGUUAUGGAAAAAAGUUACCAAGGAUGUCUUCAGAAGGCAGCCCUUUUUGCUGUACACAAGGUGUGCGUCACGCCUACUCAUUUGUUUACGUUUAUCGACUAUUGCAAAGUGGUAUCAAAGGAAAGUGGACUUAAGAAAGAUUCUAAUGGUUGGGGGCGUGCAUUGCGUGCAACCGUUGUCAAAUGGUACUACAAUCAUACUCCAAACCGUCUCGCAUUCAUCAUCACUAAGUAUCGUUAUCGUGAAAGUUACUCGCAUCGAGAUUUGUUUUGCCUUUGCCAUAUCCAUCCAAAGCGAAGUUUUUCAUCCGAACACAACUACUGGCAACAUCAAAAGGAAUACGACGAUAUUUUCAAACAUAUUGCCAGGAAUCACAAAGGUAAUGAAAAGGAAGGAAAGGAGAGGAAACGGCGACAAGAAUUAUUACCUGAUAAGCAAUCCAAACGAGGUCGUUUAGAUCCAGAAGAAACAGAACAAGUACGAAAAAAUUUAGAAGAGCUAAAUUUGGAACGAUCUGAAGAGAAGGAAGCUUCUAAAGACUUUGUAGGACUAGCUAAUCCAUUCGUAGAUGCAACUGCGUAUAUUAAUGCCUUUAAUAGGCUUCAGGAGCUAGCAUCUGCAAAUUUAGAAGAAGCAAUUACACUCAUUCUUCAAUAUGGUUUUGAAAAAGAACAAGUGCCACAGAAAUUUCUCAGUUUUAAAGAAGUUUGGGGUGCUUUGUUAAGAAGGAUGUCAUUAAGCGCAAUAUUAAAAAACAUGGACAAAAUGAGCAGCGUUGACCUUUUUGAAGAACAGGAUGCCAAUAUUUUCGAUUAUCUCAGUGGUGUAUUGAGCAAUAUAUCAUCAUUUUUUUACGACGAUUACGAAAAUUACACGGACUUUACAAACGAUGAUCCAGUAUCUUUGAUUGUCAGAAGAUUAAAUGAUAUUGAAAAGUUGCGGCAAGAACGAUUUCAUCCACUUGCAAUACUAUCAGCCAAAACAAGCUAUGAACAUGGUUAUGAAAUGAAGCGGAAGCGCAUAUGGAAACCAAUUAAAUCGAUCCAAAGAGCCUUAGAUAGCGCAUUUUACAAUUGCAUAAAUGUUAUUGGAGUCACUCACCGACGAUAUCUUAUAGCAGUAGAUAUUUCGGACAGCAUGGAUAGUUUUGUGCAGGGUACGACGAUGGCUUGUAGUCAAGCAGCAGCCGCUCUAUCAAUGGGACUCAUUCACCAUGAAGUCAAUGUAAUCCCACUAGCUUUUUCCGAUUUUUUGAUGCCCCUGGAGUGGGACAGAUUUAUGAGCUUAGGCGAAUACUUAACUGCUGCCAAAAGGUUGAAAUAUGGUAAAACAGACUGUGCCGAACCGAUGCUUUGGGCGAUCGAGCAUGCAAUAUACGUGGAUGUUUUCAUUAUUUUAACGGAUAAUGAUGUUUCAGUUAAAUCUAUGAAACCAUCUGAUGCUAUUCAGUGGUAUCGCCAACAAAUGAGGAUGCCGAACGCAAAGUUGAUUGUGGUAGGAAUGACCGAUAAGUCAGGGACACUGGCUAAUCCUAAUGAUCCAAAUAUGUUGGUUAUUUGUGGUAUGAAUCCAUCAGUUCCUCAAAUUAUUCAUGAUUUUGUCGUUAACGUUUAA